AAGCUGCCCAAGCAAAUUACCCAGCACACACUUUUGGAAAGAUAACCAAAGGCUAAACAUCGUCUGCACAUCAUCCUCAACUGAUCGACCUUAGUACAGUGUGAUCACACUGGGUGGAUUUGAGUCGUUUCGUCACGUACCCUUGUGAAGGGUGACUGGUACCGUCUGCCUCGAACGAGCCCGCUUGGAAACUCUUGGCCUGAAGGAAAACGCAUCUCAGCUCUUGGGGGGGACGACCGACUGUGGAAUGCCACAUUUUCCGUCCAGGCGGUGAAGCACGAUCUUGCCCACAUCGUCUGGCCAACUGUACGGCCCUCAAAGACAUCCUCACCUGUCCCAGCCCUCGCUGCUGCAAGCCGGAACGAGACUAUCUCCCAACAGAAGAAUACAGGGCUGACUUGUGCCGUACAUACCACUUUUUUUUUUGUGACGUCUGCUCUGAAAAGUCAACAGGACCUCCUUCUCGCGACAUGUCACUCUUUGGUCAGACGAAACGGCAUACGCCAGUCAAGCCGAGUCGACGUUCACCUCUUCCCGUCUUCACCACCGAUCCAGAGAAAAAGUAUGGUCUGAGUGGUCCAUUGCCAUCUGGAUCCUCAGCCUACCUGACCAACGUCUACAUCCCCAUCCCAUUUUUACCGGUCUCCAGAUCCUCUUCCUCUGAGUCGCUCUUGAACGGCAACGGGAUAGGAUCUCCCAUCAAGACCCAUUCUCGUUCUAGCUCGUAUUCUCAUCGGCCCAAACGUUACGUCAGAGUUUGUCUUCCUAUCCCACCUCAUCUAUAUGCCAGGAUUCCUCGGAUUAACUCAUUACGCCGUAUCUUGAUCAGCCUACUAGCCCUGGCCACAAUCAUCCUCUUUCUCCUCGGCUUCAAGAAGCGUGGGCCUGGGAAAAGUACCUGGAGCCCUCCGUUUGUCGACCCAAAUACUCUGGUUCUGUCACAGGAGGAACUUGCAGCGAUUUGGGAGUGGGAGAUCUUGAGUGGACAUUACCCGAGUCUCGUUCCUCCUCCGGACGGUCUGCCUCUCUCUUCCAAAAUCAACAAUCCUGCUGUCCCGGGGACAGAGUUGGCCAUCCCCGCCAGUCUGCGGACCAAUGGUGCUCCCCACACACAGCUGAUAGGCAUCGGACCAGAAAGACGCUUUGCAUCACUCUCAGAUGCUGUGGAAGCUCAACCUGGGUAUCCGCCUAGGCCUGUACCUGGGGCAGUCCUGGACCUUGAUUCUGUUGUGGAGAAAUGCGAUUUUGGUAAUAACAAGUACGUCCGCGAUUGCUUGGAAUUCCUGCGUGUCGGGGGAAAUCUCGACAAUGGCCGUCGGGUCAGAAGAGGCAACUACCUCGGCACAUACAAGCAAAUCUACUUUGAAGGCAGCAUGGAGGCGAAAACGCUCCCCUGGACCCAAGACAAACCUCACUUCUCCCUACCAUCGCCCCAGCUCGUCCCUGCGACUUACGACUCCUUAUCACCUUGCGACCCUGCGCAUCCUCGAAUAUUCCACCUCUUCUGGGCAGGCCCAUUCACAGACAAACCCUACAUGGCCGUCAUGUCUUUCCUCUUUACCCAAAACCUCGGCCUAGACAAACCUCUAAGCCAAUACUCUGAAAUCGUCAGGAGUACCUGUAGGCCGCAAUUCUGGUUAUGGAUCAAUCCUGGCCCAGCGGCUGCCGUACCGAAUCCUAACGCCAAGCGAGAGAUGUAUGAAUCUCUCGCAACAAAUCCUUGGUCAGCUCCAUUCUUGCAUCAGCGAUUCCGUGACGUAGUCAAGUUCAAGAUGUGGAACACGACCGAGCAACUGGAUGGUGUCGAUGAGCUCAAAGAUCACUGGCGGACUAUGCCAAUUUUCAACUCGGGAGGGAACACAUAUAAGCAGCCUGCGCCUCAACAGACGGCCGAUGCGAAGCUUGCUCCCAAGGACGAAGCAGCCAACCUAGAAGACGUCCUCGCUGCUGAGGCCGAGGCAGAGACUGAGACCGUGACCAAGAAGAAGAAGCAAACGAUAUUUGACAAAGUUGGCACGACUUCGUCCUCUGAAUCUGACUAUGAUCGAUUGUCUGUCAUCCUCUCGGACAUGGUCCGGUUUGUUCUCACGCAUCGAUUCGGUGGAAUUUAUCUGGACGCGGAUACGAUUUUCCUUCGAGAUUGGGAAGAACUUUGGAACUAUAGAGGUCAAUUCGCCUAUCGAUGGUCCUGGCAUCAAAAAUACAACACUGCCGUUUUGAAGCUACACAAGGGCUCAGCUCUCGGUUCAUUCUUGUUCAAGACUGCGCUUGCCAAUGGAUUAGAUUUCCACCCGAUGACAGUAUCGAGGUAUCUCAAGGACGCCCAACUGGAAAAGCUCCUCUUCAGAAUCCCUGACGCCGUUUUCGAUGGCGCUUGGCUGAAUAUGGAAGGUUAUCAGAGGGAAAGGCCGCCAUUCCCUUACUUUAGAGAUUUUUCUGUCUUUUUCUCCAACGACAAAGGCGACACCGGAGCACCUCAACCAUCAGGCUUCGACGGCUUCUUCCGAGGUUCCUUCUCUUAUCACUUCCACAACUUUUGGUGGUUACCGUUUGAUCCAACGCGCAAUUUCCCAGACCUCGGACCGAGAUUCUCCAAAGGCGAAGCCAAAUUACGGGCUGAAGCGAAAUCUGCCAAGACGUUACCGGAGGGUGCGCCCGCAGCGGCUCCAGUGGAUGUGGCUGAAGACAUGGAUGACGAAGUGGAUCUGAGCUGGGCCACUGUCCUCAAGCGGACCUUUGAAGCUUACUUACGAGGUGAACGCCCGCAAAUGUACGGCGAGUAUCUCGAAUGGGACGAUUAGACAUUUUUUUUCAUCUUAAUCACAUACAAGGGGUUCUUUGGAGCUGAUGAUGACAAGACGAGACGAAUGAGGAGCAUGCAUACGAUGUGUUUG